AUUGGUCACGAGUUCAUAUAAAUAUGUGCACCACGCUUUUGGAACUCCAUGCACAGUCAAGCCUUUAGCUACCUAAAUUCUGAAAACCAAGUUCUUUUUCUAGGAAGAAAAGAUAUGGAAGACAGUACUGUUCGACUCCUGCUGGUGACAUUUCCAGGCCAAGGGCAUAUAAAUCCCAGCCUCCAAUUCGCCAAGCGCCUUGUCAAAAUGGGUGUUGACGUCACUUUUGUCACUGCCUUUUCUGCGCUCAAUCGCAUGAGCAAAUCAACUGCCGCUACUCCACAGGGAUUGACAUUUUCUGGCUUCUCUGAUGGCUACGACGAUGGAGUUCAAAUAGGCGAUCGCUAUGCGGAUGAGCUUAGGGCCCGCGGGUCAGAGGCCAUAGCAAAACUCCUUAAAUCAGAGGCUGAACGAGGCCAGCCAUUUAUCCAUGUGGUCUACACCACACUUCUCCCCUUUGUAGGCCAAGUUGCACGUGCCCUUCAUGUGUCGUCCACUUUCCUUUGGAUUCAACCAGCCACCAUCUUGGGUAUUUACUAUUAUUACAUCAAUGGUUAUGGAGAUUCUAUUGGAAAAAACAUGAACGACCCCUCAUGGUCUAUUGAAUUACCGGGGCUGACAGUGCUCACUGGCCGCGACCUUCCCUCUUUUUUGCUCGCUUCAAACACUUUUAAUUUUGCUCUUCCGUUACUUGAAGAGCAUUUUGAGAUACUUGAUACAGAAGCAAAUCCCAAAGUACUUGUAAACACCUUUGAUGCCUUGGAGGCUGCGGCCCUGAGAGCAAUCGAGAAGUUAAACUUGGUUGCCGUUGGACCGUUAAUCCCUUCAGCUUUCUUGGAUGGAAAGGAUCCAUCUGACACUUCUUUCGGGGGAGAUCUGUUUCAAGAUUCAAAAGCCUAUAUUGAAUGGUUGAACACAAAGGCAAGCGAAUCUGUAGUAUACGUAGCGUUUGGAACCCUUUCUGCUAUAGAGACGCAACAAAUGGAGGAGAUUGCACACGGGUUGCUUCAAUGCGGAAGACCGUUUUUGUGGGUGGUAAGAGGAUCAGAAGAAGAAAAGCUGAGUUGCAAAGAGCAAUUGGAACAACAAGGGAUGAUAGUGCCAUGGUGUUCUCAAGUGGAGGUUUUGUCACACUCAUCAAUUGGGUGUUUCAUAACUCAUUGCGGGUGGAACUCUUCUUUGGAGAGCUUGGUUUCCGGGGUUCCAGUGGUGGCUUUUCCGCAAUGGUCAGACCAAGCGACAAACGGAAAGCUUAUUGAGGAUGUUUGGGAGACAGGGGUAAGAGUGACAAGAAACGAGGAAGGAAUUGUGGAGAGCGAUGAGAUUAAAAAGUGCAUAGAAGUGGUGAUGGGAGGAGAUGAAAUGAGAAACAAUGCUAAGAAGUGGAAGGAUUUGGGAAGAGAAGCUUUCAAGGAAGGUGGAUCAUCCGACAAAAAUCUUAAAACUUUCGUUGAAGAGAUCAGGGUUAGUUUAGUAAAAUAAACAAUGUUCAACGAAACUGGUCUCUUUGAGCGAUAAGGGAUUUAGAAAUGUAUGGUUCUUCUGUUCCAGUAAGUUGUUGUGGAGUUGGUGUUUUAUGCAUGCCUAUUGUCAAUUAGUAAA